AUGCUCUUGCCCAAAUUUGCCACUCACAUUUCACCUUUCAAGCUCUCUCAUUUCGCCAACCGAGGACAUCAGCACUUCCAACAUCUACGAAACACCUUCACCAACAUCAACCUCAGCUCGACCGUCGGCCAGAAUUCUCACACCCUCAAUAACUCCGCCACUGCCACCGGGCUCGGUAGUUCUACCUCCGGAUCAAGCGCCUCGGGCGGAGCCGGUGGAGCCAAAUGGAACGCAGGUAGUCGCACCAAUUGGAACCAGCAGGCUCAUAGUCGUCUGAUCACUCAAACUAAUGCUACUUCACUCGAAGGCUUUGGUUCAAGACUAAAUGAGGAGGAUGAAGAUCAUGACGAAUUUGCCCCUCUGUACCUCAGCACGAUCGGCAUCUACAAGAAACGAAACCGCACUAUCUCCUCAAGGUGGAGCAAUGAACAAACUUCACUCAAUCCGACCGGCGGCCUCGGAUUGGAAUGCACCACUCUACAGACCCGUUGCAAGACUGCAUUUUGUGGGAUCCGAAUCAAGCCAACUCGACCGACCCCCUCGAUCAGAUUCUCUCUGCCUCCAAUGACCCUCACCCUUACUCCAACUCUUCCACUGAUCCCCAUCGGACUCUGUUUCCCUUCCGGAAACCUCCUCGUAGACAUUCAAUCGAUUGCCUCUCACCAUCUGGGCCAAACCUCGCGGGUUCGAGGCCCUAUGCCCCGAAACCAGUCUACUCUAGCCCAUCAGUCACAGCCUGGGCCCGCUGAAAAUGGUCCUCUGAUGACCAGCAAAACAUCUGACAACUCAACUACUCACCUCCUACGAUCGGAUAAGCUGAAUCCCAAUCACCCUCAGUCAAUCGAUCAACAAUGGAUCCAAAGGGCAACUCAUACCAUUCUGACAACCGAGAAAAAUCACCAUACAACCUACUACCAGCUACGAAAGAUGUUGGAUUCCUACCUCAGCUCAACUAGCCAGCCGAGUUCUGAUGUGAUCGAUCUGAUGUUCUGGGGAAUCGUCGUCAAUAAACCCAACUACGAGCCGAUCACUAACCUACUUGAUGACCACCGGUACCUGACUAGCAACACGCCUUUCAAACCGAGUCAUGAAACACGCAGCAUCUUACUCACCGCUCUAUGCAGGCGCGAUCUCAGUAAUGCUAAAGAGUUAGAACAUCGCAAGAACCGAUUGGCCAACAUCAGUGUCAACCAGCAGCUGAAUCAAAGUCUGCCUAAUCUCUCGCUCGCUCCGGUUCCUACUACUGAGGACGUCGAAAUGAUUGGCCAUUUAAAUUCAGAGCCCAACUUCGGCUUUGCGGCCAAGUUGUUCGACUCAUUUGAUCGUGAAAUCGUCAAUCAACUCCAACCGGCAGCUCUAGAGGCCCUGAUUCAAUGUUGUGCCAACAUUGAUCACUUUGGGUCGGCUCGUUCUUCAGCCAAGCUUUCCGCCCGACUCGCUCUUGCUACCAAGGUAUUCAAGAUAUUGGAAGACCGUCAGGAACUAUCAGCUGAAUCUUACUCGAACCUGAUUGUCCUAAUGGGCUUGGCAAACAAACUGCCCCAGGCUAAGGCUCUCUUCGAAACCUACAAGCAAUCCCGAUCUGAUCCCGAUGAACAAAAUUCGACUCUAUAUCACCAGCACCAACUCAAACCUCCAUCCUCCUUUAUUCUAGCGGCCCCUGAAUCUGUGCCAGUCCAGAAAUGGCAACCUCAGCCGGUGAACGAAAGUAGCGAUGCCCAGGUAUUACUAUCUCUGAUGCGGGUCUACUUGGCUACCGGAGAUUCAAUUGCAGCUGUCGGUUUAUUGGAAGACUCUUUGAGCCCGACCCUCGAUCCAUCGUCUACUUUCAAGAGCAGCGCCGAGCACAUCUUGGAGGUCAUCCUGGGAUUUAUCCGAUCAAAUGACUAUUUAUCGGCAUCAAAUUGGAUCAAACGACUCUUCAAUGGUGACCAUGCCACAUACCAACUCGAUGAUCCUUCCCGUCGUCGAGAAUUUAUGGACAGAAUCGUCACUGUGGCCUGUGAGCCCAAUCGUGGGUUUGAGGGGAUCGGCGUGGCUUACGAUGCCGCGAUGAUCACAGAGAUAUGGCGGCCCUGA